GGUUAUUCGCUGCCGUCACGGCCGCAGCCACCAGGGUUGUCCGCUUCUAGCGCCCCGUGCCGGGCGCCCGCCCAGCUCCACGCUGGCGGCCGCCGCCGGGCCCCCCGCGCCCGCCAUGGGCGAGGAGGACUACUACCUGGAGCUGAGCGAGCGGCCGGUGCAGUUCGAGAAGGCUAACCCCGUCAACUGCGUCUUCUUCGAUGAGGCCAACAAGCAGGUUUUUGCUGUUCGAUCUGGUGGCGCUACUGGGGUUGUAGUGAAAGGACCGGAUGAUAGGAAUCCCAUUUCAUUUAGAAUGGAAGACAAAGGAGAAGUGAAAUGCAUUAAGUUUUCCUUAGAAAAUAAGAUAUUGGCUGUUCAGAGGACCUCAAAGACUGUGGAUUUUUCUAAUUUCAUCCCCGAUAAUUCUCAGCAGGAGUACACACAAGAGUGCAAGACCAAGAAUGCCAAUAUACUAGGAUUCUGCUGGACCAGUUCUACUGAGAUUGUCUUUAUAACAGAUCAAGGAAUUGAAUUUUACCAGGUUUUACCAGAGAAACGGAACCUGAAGCUCUUGAAGAGCCAGAACAUCAAUGUGAAUUGGUACAUGUACUGUCCCGAGAGCUCUGUGAUUCUGCUGUCGACCACAGUCCUUGGGAAUGUUUUGCAGCCUUUUUAUUUUAGGGCUGUCACUAUGUCGAAGCUGCCCAAGUUUGAGAUUGAACUACCAGCUGCACCUAAGUCAACGAAACUUAGCCUUUCUGAAAGAGAUAUUGCAAUGGCUACAAUCUAUGGACAGCUCUAUGUUCUCUUCCUGAGGCAUCAUUCUCGGACCUCCAAUAGUACAGGAGCAGAGGUAGUCCUGUAUCAUCUCCCACGAGAAGGUGCCUGUAAAAAGAUGCACAUAUUAAAGUUAAAUAGGACAGGAAAGUUUGCCCUGAACGUGGUGGAUAACUUGGUCGUCGUUCACCAUCAGGACACAGAGACAUCUGUCAUAUUUGACAUCAAGUUGAGGGGCGAGUUUGAUGGGGCAGUGACCGUCCAUCACCCCGUACUUCCCCCGCGAUCCAUUCAGCCCUACCAGAUCCCCGCAGCAGGUCCUGCUUCUGUGACCAGCCAGUCUCCUGUUCCCUGUAAGCUCUAUUCUUCAUCCUGGAUUGUCUUCCAACCUGACAUCAUCAUUAGUGCGAGCCAAGGUUACCUUUGGAACCUCCAAGUGAAGCUUCAGCCCAUAGUAAAUCUCUUGCCAGAUAAAGGAAGAUUGAUGGACUUUCUCCUCCAGAGAAAGGAAUGCAAGAUGGUCAUAUUGUCUGUCUGUUCGCAGAUGCUAAGUGAAUCCGACAGAGCGACACUGCCUGUGGUAGCCACUGUUUUUGAUAAACUCAAUCAUGAGUAUAAAAGGUACUUGGAUGCCGAGCAGAGUUACACAAUGGCAGUAGAAGCAGGGCAAAGCCGAAGUAAUCCACUUCUAAAAAGGCCUGUGCGGACACAAGCGGUUGUGGACCAGUCUGACAUGUACACUCACGUCCUGUCUGUGUUCACAGAUAAGAAGGAGAUGCCUCAUAAGUUUGUGAUAGCUGUACUGAUGGAAUAUAUUCGCUCUCUAAACCAGUUUCAGAUUGCAGUACAGCAUUACUUACAUGAACUGGUCAUCAAAACCCUUGUCCAGCACAACCUGUUCUAUAUGCUGCAUCAGUUCCUGCAGUACCACGUCCUCAGUGACUCAAAGCCUCUGGCUUGUCUGCUCUUAUCCCUAGAAAGUUUUUAUCCUCCUGCGCAUCAGCUGUCUCUGGAUAUGUUGAAGAGACUUUCAACAGCAAACGAUGAGAUAGUAGAAGUGCUUCUCUCCAAACACCAGGUGUUAGCUGCCUUACGGUUCAUCCGGGGCAUUGGUGGACAUGACAGCAUUUCUGCCCGAAAAUUCUUAGAUGCUGCAAAGCAGACUGAAGACAACAUGCUUUUCUAUACGAUAUUCCGAUUUUUUGAACAACGAAACCAGCGUUUGCGAGGGAACCCUAGUUUCACGCCAGGAGAACACUGUGAAGAACAUGUGGCUUUUUUCAAACAAGUUUUUGGAGACCAAGCUCUAAUGAGGCCUACCACAUUCUGAAAUAAAUCACUUCCUAGUGUUUUCCCCUCCCAAAAAAUGUGUACAAAGUUAAUUUAUUGCAUUAAUAAAGCUCUUUAAACUACAAAA